CCGUCGCCAAAACCCCCUUCUCUGUCGAAUCCCCGAGCUAUUAAACCCCUCGCGCCUCGGCGGAGGGCGGAGGGCGGAGGGGCACCAACAAAUUCCAAAAUGACGGACGCGUCCCUCUCCUCUCUCCCUCCCCGCCUCGCCUCCGCCUUCUUCCUCUUCAAAUCCCUCCGCCUCCGCCGCCUCCGCAUCUCCGCCCCCUCCCCCGCAAACCCUAACCCUAAGAUCUUCUUCGCCUCCCACACCGGCACCUCCGAAACCCUGGCACGCCGCCUCUCCCACCGCCUCCGCUCCCUCGGCCUCCCCUUCGACCUCGUCGACCCUAAGCACUACGAGCCCGAGGACCUCCCCAAGGAAACCCUAGUUCUCAUCGUGGCCUCGACGUGGGAGGAGGGGAGGCCGCCUCCCAACGCCGAGUUCCUCGCCCGGUGGCUCGCCGAGAGCGCCGAGGACUUCCGGGUGGGCUCGCUGCUCCUCUCCCGAUGCCGCUUCGCGGUGUUUGGCGUCGGAUCCGGAGCGUAUGGCGAGGCCUUCAAUGCGGCCGCGAGGGACUUCUCGCAGUGGAUGAGGUCCCUCGGCGCCACUGAGAUGCUUCCUGUUAGCGAAGGGGAUGUGGACGGGGGAGAUGUCGACGAGGUGUUCGAUGCGUGGAGCGAGAAGGUUAUUGGGUUACUGAAGGAGAAAGAGGAGGAGGGAAACGGCAAAGUUAUUGGGUUACUGAAGGAGAAAGAGGAGGAGGGAAACGGCGAGCUUUUGGGAUCGGGGGUGGAAAGUGACGCGUCUGAUGGGAUGGAGGAAGAGUCAGAGGAGGAAGCAGAUGUCGAGGAUUCGAAUGAGGUUGAUAUGGAGGACAUCGCUGGGAAAGCUCCUUCAAGGAAAUCCUCGGUGACUUUGGUGAAUGGGAAGUCCUCGGGGACAUUGGUGAAUGGAAAAGGUGAUGGUUUGAGAGAAAUGGUGACACCGAUCAUUAGGACGAGCUUAGAAAAGCAGGGUUAUAAAAUAAUAGGUUCACAUAGUGGAGUUAAGCUUUGCAGAUGGACCAAAUCACAGCUCCGAGGACGUGGGGGCUGUUACAAGCACGCUUUUUAUGGCAUAGAAAGUCACAGGUGCAUGGAAGCAACUCCAAGUUUGGCCUGUGCAAAUAAAUGUGUUUUUUGUUGGCGUCAUCAUGCAAAUCCAGUUGGAAAGAGCUGGCGAUGGAAGAUGGAUGAUCCCCUUGAGAUCGUAGAUGCUGCAAUUGACCAGCAUACAAAAAUGAUUAAGCAGAUGAAAGGAGUGCCAGGCGUAAAGCAAGAGCGGCUAGAUGAAGGUCUUUCUCCUAGACAUUGUGCCUUGUCCCUUGUCGGUGAACCAAUCAUGUAUCCUGAGAUAAAUACCCUAAUUGAUGAGCUGCAUCAGAGACGUAUAUCAACAUUUCUUGUUACCAAUGCUCAAUUUCCUGAUAGGAUAAAAAUGUUGAAACCCAUUACCCAGCUAUAUGUCAGUGUAGAUGCUUCCACAAAAGAGAGCCUGAAGGCAAUUGAUAGACCAUUGUUUGGCGACUUCUGGGAGCGUUUUCUUGAUUCUCUAAAGGCAUUGCAUGACAAAGAACAGCGAACUGUUUAUCGUUUGACUUUGGUUAAAGGGUGGAAUGCAGAGGAGAUUGAUGCAUAUGCAAACUUGUUGACCAUGGGAAAACCUGAUCUAGUUGAAAUCAAGGGUGUGACAUACUGUGGCUCGUCUGCCACAUCAAAAUUGACAAUGGAAAAUGUCCCUUGGCAUUCUGAUGUUAAAGCUUUCUCAGAGGCUUUGGCAGUAAAAAGCAACGGCAUAUAUGAAGUUGCUUGUGAGCACGUCCACUCUUGCUGUGUCCUUUUAGCAAAGGUCGACAAGUUCAAAGUCGACGGUAAAUGGUAUACAUGGAUAGACUACGAGCGGUUCCAGGAGCUGGUGGCUUCAGGAACGCCUUUUAGAACUGAAGACUAUACGGCCCUUACACCUUCUUGGGCUGUUUAUGGUGCCGAGGAAGGUGGUUUUGAUCCAGGACAAUCUCGUUACAAGAAGGAGAGACGCCAUGGAGCUCGGAGCUAGUCUCUUUUAAACGGCCCUAGUUUGGAGUAGCGAGCAGCCAAACUAUUCAUGAGAAGAUUUCUUAAACAAACAUGAAUAUGCCAGUUCUGCCGUACGGUAUGCCUAACCUACGUAAAAUGAAUUAUUUUGUAGAAUAGUUUUGUAUUGCAUAAUUCUUAAAGAUGCCGAUUUAUAGAUAUUUCGCAAUCUGUCCUUUUCUGUAUGAAUUAAUUCAUCAGGAUGGUUUGGCAAAAAUAUAGAUUAUCUCAAUUAAAUGAGAGAACGGGUCGAAGCAAAAGCUCCAACGUGAGUCUGGCUUAUUCUUCUUUAUUAUUGUGAGGCUUUUUGGAUUUGAUUA